UCUAAUGCAUUGCUGGUUAGCGUUCUCCACCCUCGCCAUGGAGUUCUCGCCCGUGAUAACCACCAGGGUUAUCCUCCUGAUCAGCCUGAACGCCAUCUGUUCCUCCUCGCUCCGUGCUUUGUUCUCGCCACGUUCGCAUUUCUGACGGAACACCUACGAGUUCUUUUCCUUCACCGUGUCUGAACGUUAAGCGCAUUGCUGUCCUACUAGUAGUAGAGAGAGAGAGAGAGAGAGAGAGAGAGAGACGUCGUGCCUGUCACAAUGGAUGCCGCAACCUCGGAGCACGGCGGCACGGCAUCAGCGGGAGAGCAGCAGGAGAGACCGGCCGAGGAAGCGGGAGCGAAGGCGGAUGCAAGUCAAACGCGUAGACCCGGCGGGGAAGGUGGAGGAACGAGCGAGCGAGCGGGCGACUUCGGUGGUGCUACGACCGAUGCGAUCGUGACGGUCCUCGGCAGUGUGACCGUGCCCUCGAGAAGUACUAUUAAUAGUUCCCUGGCCGAACCCCCUUCGCUGAAAUCUCCUCCGGUAGAUUUUUCUCCGACGGAAUACUCUCCUCCGGCUAAGUCUUUUCCAGCCGAACGACGUGGACCUUCUCUACCGCUACUACUGCACAGCAGCCAGAAUCCGUCGGAAAUUACCGCCGAUCGCCCCCCCCCCGAUCACCAUCGAUGCCUGGGCGCAGAAGCGUCCACGAGGCCGCUGAAGCGCCCGCGACUCGCUGGACCAGCCCCUGACGGCGCGGGCGAACGAGAUCGGGAAACGGAUGUCGCGAUGACCAGUGCAAUGACGUCAUCGGGGAACGAGAAGGAGAACAAGAAGGAGGGCGAGAAGGAGGGCGAGAGCGAGAGCGAGCGCGACCAAGUGAUGGACGGGAAGGGGGCGAGUGGAGGCGACUGGGCUUUACACGGAUUUGAGGGCGUUUCGGAGGGUCCCCGUGGGAACGGAGUUGAGACAGUCAACGAAAGCGUCGCCGUGAGAAGAGACGGCGAGAGGCAAGAGUGGGACUUGACGGGACCGGUGGAUGCAGAGGGAGAGAGCGGACGUCUGGGCGAGCACGAUGGAACGGACAUGGCUGAGGCGCAAAGGACUUCUGCUGACGUGGAGGAGACAGAUAUGCAAGCGGGGAUGGGGGAGGGGGGUGGAGAUCUAAUAGAAUGGGAGGGCGCGGGCGAAGGCGCGGGCGAGGGCAUGGCCUUUGACGAGUUGCUGCUAUUGCCGGGCGAGCUGGUCGGACUGCCUCUUGACGCCGCCGCCGCCGCCGCCGCUGCCGCUGCCGCUGCCGUUGCCGCCGUGGCUGAUCCGGCUGAUCCUGAGGGUGAUUGUGGAGGAUCAGCGAUACCUGCUGCUUUAAGAGCGCCAUCAGGGGUCGCUCCUGAUCCGUGGGACGCAGCAACCGCCGACGAUGAUGAUGUUCCUCUUUGGGUCGACGCGACGGCUGGUCGCCAGGGCUCUAUGAUGGAGGGCGGUACUACUAUCUGUGCGGGAGAUCCGGCUGAUGGUGGUACAGCGGCGGCCAUGAGUCAUCAUCGCAAUGCCGGUGACGAUGUCACUGCCGACGACGGGAGGGUGCAGGUCAAGAAGGACCGCCCUGAAUCAGCGGCGGCUGAGGACGGCUUGUUCGGUGCGACUCAUAGUCCCGACGCUGACGCUGACGGUGACGGUGACGCUGACGCUGACGCUGACGCCGACGCUGACGCUGCUGACGCUGAUGCUGACGCUGACGCUGAUGACGCUGACGCCGAUGCCGACGGUGACGCCCACGGAGCGGACGAGGUGGUAGGGGGCGAGCUGGGAGAGGACGAGGCUAGAAGAGACGCGCCAGCGUUUGGCGAAGGCGAUAGUCGGAGCAGCGGGCAGCGUGGGGGAGGCGCGGCCGAGGCGAGCGUGGCGGGGAGCAGACACAGCAGCGGGAGCAGUGGCAGCAGCAGCGGUGGCGGCGGAAGCAGGAGUGGCGGGGAGGAGAAUGACACAGUCGAAGUCAGUGCUUCAGGUGCUGCUUCAGGUGCCACGGCAUCUGGUGGCCAUGCUGCUGCCACAGCCUGUAAGCCUGGGGAAGGUUGGACUGCGUCCUCUGCCGCGUUGCCCGCUCUCGUCCACUGCUCCUCCUCCUCCGCGCUUGCCUCUGCGCCUGCGCUCCAACAUCCCGAAGUUAUUCGUUCUGCUCAUGGCGCCGCCGGUGCUGCUGCUGACGCGGGGGUUGCUGGCGGCGUUACCCCUGCUGCUGCUGCUGCUGCUGCUGCUGCUGCUGCUGCUGCUGCUGCUGCUGCUGGUGCGAAGGCUUUGAGUAGCGAUCCUUCUGCUGAUGCUGCGGCUGCUGAGGCUGCAGUUACCUCCACUAUCGCCCCUGCAUCUUCCCUUGCUGCUGCGGCUGCUGCUGAUGGUAUAGACGACUCAGCAGGCAAACCCGUCCCUUCCUCCGCACCAUCCCUUGUGCCCGCGUCCUCCGCCUCUGCUCUCCCCACUUCCUGCUCCCUCCCCACCUCCUGCCCUUCGUCCCCCAACCGCUCCUCCCACUCCUCCCCCCCGUCCUCCUCCGCGUCCUCCGCCCGUGCGGCCUCGAAGCCUUCCAGCAGGAAGCCGUCGCCCUCCUCUUCUUGCCCCGUUACAGCAGCCGCCGGUGCCGUGGGUGCUGCGGGUGCGGCAGGGCGGACGAACGAGUCACCAAAUGCAAAGGCAGCAGCAGCCGCCGCAGCAGGAGCACCAGCAGCAGCGGCGGCGGCGGCUACUGAACGUUGCGCUACUGCACCUGCUCCUGCACCAUCUGCGGCCCCCUCAGUGGCCUCGUGCCAGCCGCCCUUGCGGUCGCUGCAAGCCGUGAGAGCCAGCAGCAGCAAGGGGCUCAAGACCAUCAUGCCCGCUCCCCUGUACUGCCACCCCUCAUACCCCUCAUACCCCUCUUACCCCUCUUACCCCUCUUACCCCUCGUGUCCCUCGUACGCCUCCUUCGCCUCGCCCUUCGCCUCAGCUCCUGGUGCUCCCACUGCUGGGUUCUUCUCUGGUAGUCAGCUGGUGCCUGUGGGAAUGCCGCUUAUGGUUGGGGCAGGGAGCAUGGGGGCCGGCAGCAUGGGGGACAUGGGCGGAAUGGGGAACAUGGGGGGUAUGGUUGGCAUAGGGGGCAUGGCCAAUGGCAUGUGUCAUGGCAUGGCUUCUAGCAGUUUUGGAAUGGUGGCCAAUGGGAUGGCUGCGAAUGGCGCGGGGGGCAUGGUGAUGGGUGGGACUGUUGCCUGGCCUGGGGCAGCAGCAGCGUUUCCCAUGACCAGUGGCACCAUGGGCAUGGGCAUGGGCAUGGGUAUGGGUAUGGGUAUGGGUAUGAGUAUGGGUAUGGGAGCAGGGAUGGGUGGUGUGGGCGCGGGGGGAGGGGCCGUUGGGGCAACGGCUAUGGGCGUGCCUGUGCAGCAGCAAGGCGGGUGGGGGGUGGUGCAGGCAGCACCGAUGGCCCAACCGCAGGCAGCCGCGGGUCCGUUCCACAGCCAGCAGCAGGUGCAGAUGGCUCCGUUUCAUGGGGGUUCGAGCUUUGACAUGGGCGUGGGCGUGGGGAUGGGUAUGGGGAUGGGGAUGGGGAUGAUUAGUGGUGGCGUGAGCAUGGGAUCUCCUGCAGCUCCUGCAACGGGAAUGGGCUCUGCAAUGCCAGCCACAGCAGCAGCCUACGGAGCUUCAUCGCCAGCCAUGUGGUGCACGCCCCAGGGGGCAUGGGUACAAGCCACCCAAGGGACGCCGCUGUCUCACACGCAGCACUCGUUCCCGUCGUCAUCACUAUCAUCGCAAGGCUUUGACUCUGCAGCCCAGCAACUCUGCAGCCCGAUGCCUCCCCUCACUGUUCCUGCAAGCGGUGCACCCGCACCCGCCGCUGCUGCUGCUUUUGAUCCUGCUGCUGCCGCCCCUGUUGCUGCCGCACCCGCACCACAGCACACCACCUUUCCGUUUGAAAACGCCCUGCUGGUGCCUUGCUCCUGGGGUGAAGUCCACACGGAUUCCGCCACUCCCAGCGCUGCUGGCACUGCUGCUGGUCGUGCUGCAUGUGCUGCUGAAUGUGAUGCGCCUUUGAGAAGCACGGUGAAUGCUGCUUUCCCUGCUUCGUCUGCUGAUGCUGAUGGUGCUGCCGUUGCUGCUGCUGCUGCUGCUGGUGCUGGUGGUGCUGGUGCUGGUGCUGGUGCUGGUGCUGGUGCUGCAGCUGGUGCUGGUGCUGCAGCUGGUGCUGGUGCUGCAGCUGGUGCUGGUGCUGCAGCUGGUGCUGGUGCUGCAGCUGGUGCUGGUGCUGCAGCUGGUGCUGGUGCUGGUGCUGCAGCUGGUGCUGCAGCUGUUGCCAGUGCCGACACUAAUGAUGAUGAUGGUAGUUGUGAUUUUGCUGCCAUGGAAAUCCAACUAGAGCCGUCAGCACUGGAAACUCACAAGCCUUCUUCCUGCUCCUCCCUGCCCCUCUUGCACCCUGCUCCGACCACAACCACCACCACCACGACCACCACCACUAGUUAUAGCAACAGUGGUGGCCUGACUUAUUCCAGCACUGUCUCGUGCCCCCAGCAGCAGCACCAGUCCGCCUUCGCCCACGCCAACGACUCCCAUAAACCUUCCAACCUUCCAGUGAUGCUGCGACAAAAGACUGCUGCUGCUGCAUGCGAUGCCACCGGCGCUGCUGCUGCUGCUGCUGCUGCUACUGCUGCUGCUGGCAGUGACACUACUGGCGCUGGCGCUGCUGCCGUACUGGCAUUAAACGGCAACGGAAGCCCGCGGAUAUGGCAUGUGCAGAAAAGAAGAAAGCAAAUGCUGGCGCUGGUGCUGGAGGCGUGAAUGGCAGUGAAUGUCGUAGCAACUGUCGCAACAGUGGUAAUAGCAGUAAGAGCGGUACCCACAGUGCCGGUGGCAAUGCACCGCGGCCACUGCCGUCCUCCCCUGUCUCCUCUGUGUCGGCUAACGUGUCUGCUGCGUCUGCUGCU